AUGAAGAAGCACCAUCACCACUCGGUGCAGGGCACCUUCAGCCGCCUCUUCGGGAAGCGCCACUCCAGCCCCACCGCCACGUCCCUGUUCGCCACCAACCCGCCCUGGAUCUUCACGCAGGAGGUGACCUCGGACAGCGCGGGUGGCACCGGUGAUGUGAUCGAGGUGUAUUACGGUGACAACCGCUUUGGGACAGUGACAGACUCUGGCACAGCAACACUUAAGCCUCGUCCCAGGGUCCGGCCGCUGCUGACUUUCCUCCCCCUGAAUGCCCAAGAAUCCCAUGGGGUGGCUGUGCCAACGCCCUCAGUGCCAGAAGACUUUGAGGAAAAAGCAGCUCUUGGCUCUGGCUCCCGGAUCAAUGGCAACUACCGGAUGUACAGCUCCGUGGGGGACCUGCGCCCACAGGCUCUGGAGGGGGAUGACCUGGAUGAAGACAUCCCCCCACCACCAUCAGUGCCCCCACCGCCCCCUCCAACAGCACCGGCGCCUGUGCCACCCCCUCCGGCCUCGCCGGUCCCUCCACCCCCCGAAGUGCUGCCGCCACCGCCGCCUCCGCCACCCGAGCUGGUGCCACCCCCUCCUGCCGUGGCAGCUCCGCCACCUCCAGCCUCUGCCCUGUCCUCCCCCAGCACACCAGCUCCUCCAGACUUCAUCCCCCCAGCCCCACCGGGUGCCUCGCUGCUCAUCCAGGACCCCGCGCCCUUCACCUCCGGCAUCUCCAAGUGGAAAUCCGAGACGGUGCUGAACACGAGGCAGGCAGAUGCCGAGGGGCCUCUCCGCCCUGCCGAGCCCGGGGUGCCCGCUGCCCCCAGCCCCAAGGAGAGCCUGCAGCCCAAGCACUGCCCCGAGCCCCACCUCACGUUCCCCAGGUCCUUCAAGGUGCCCCCGCCGGCCCCGGCCCGCUCCUCCUCCAUCCCCGUGCAGGAGAACCAGCCGGUCCGGCAGGAGCCCUUCCCGAGGCAGCCGCACACCCGGCCCCCCCUCCCACCCUGCUUCACCAUCAGACCCGCGGCCAAGGCUCGUGGCGGGGGAGAAGCCGAGCAAAGGAAACCUGCCACGAAGCCAGCUGUGCUGACACCCCCUCCCCUGAGCCCCAAGCCGGGCCCAGGGCUCAGCCAAGGGGCGAGUCCCGCCGGCCGCCGGUCCCCUCUGCCCGAGGUGGAGAAGAUUCCCCCGCUGAAAACAGCCGGGAGAGACUCCCCUCCAAAACCUGAGCCUCUCACUGCCAACGACCUGGAUCUGCCCCCUCCGGACUACCCGACCUGCGAGGAUGACUGGAAGGACGCCAACAACCUGAACCAGCUGCGGCACGAGCUGUCGGCCCUGCUGCGCUCCCCGCGCAGGGAGGAGAGGCCCGUGGAGAAGCCGCCUGCUUCCCAGCCCACCGACAGCAGGACCAGCCGUGCUGGCAGCCGGGAGCCUGCUGUCAGUGAGCCCCAACCUGCUGGGAAGGACACGGGGUUGUCUAAAGGAGGGGACAGCGAGAAGAAAGAGGUGCCCAGCAGCCCCCCCAGCACAAACGGGGGCUCUCCCAGCACGACGGUCACUGCUCCGGAGAGCAGCCCUGCCACCCACACCCGCAGCGUGAUGACGAUCAGGAACGAGCUGGAGGCUGUGCUGUCCCUGAAGAAAGAGGGGAAACCUGCCCUAGGGCUUGGGGGCCAGAAGCAGGGCACUGAGAAUGGCAUCAGCACCCCACAUGAGAGGAAGAGCCCCCCUGACCUGAGGAAGGGCCCCCCUGAAGCAGGUGACUCGCUGCUGCCAAAGCCGGUCCUGAGCCCGCUUCCAGCACCAGUGGCUGCUGUGGAGAAGGAUGAGACAGAUCAUGAGGACCAUCCCACUCCUAUCACUGGCAAGGCCACAGAGGACUUGACCCCUGCUCCUGGGUCUCUCAACAGCAGCCUGAGCCCCCCAGACCCACCUCAGGGACCAGCAAAGGAGCCCCCUGCUCCCACCUCCCCCUCGGCCCCCGUCUCCCCCGCAGAGAGCCCGGCAGCACAGCCCAGCAUGGCCGUGUUCCAGUACAAAGUGCACCGGGCUGGGGCCAGCUCAGCCGAGCCUCCCUGUGCCCCAGGCUCAGCUGAACCGCCCGGCCCUGGGAGCUCGGCCAGGAGCCCCCCGGGCGCCUCUGGAGCGGGGCAGGAGGAGGUGCUGAUCCACCCGGUGACGGGGGAGCGGGUGGAGCGGGGGUCCCCCAUGGCCCUGCUCCUGGCAGCCCGGCAGCGCGCCCAGCGGGGCCGCCAGGGCGGGGACGUGGGGUCUGCACUGCGGGCGAAGCCACCCCUGAAACUCAGCAGUGCCUCGUCGGACACCACCUCCACCAGCUUCUUCCGCCACGAGUCCAAGCCCUACUCCUUCACCGUGGUGCCCCGGCCGUCUGCAGCAGGUUCAGCAGGGUCUGGAUGGAGCAAACCUCCCUCCUUCUCCAGCUCCUCGGACCAGGGCCGGGACGUGCGGGCGGUGGGCGAGGCACAGCCCCCCGGCCUGCCCGGGCACCGACGAGCUGCUGCCUCCAGCCUGCUCCGGGGCCUCCUGGACUCCGGGCAGCCAAACCAGCCCAGCCCAUCCCGCCACGCCGUGCCCAGGGAGGAGGAGAACGGGGAGACGGCGCUGGACUACGGGAUUAUCCCCCCACCCCCCGAAUUCAGCAACGAGGCGGACGAGGGUCCCCUCCCAAGCCGGGAGGAGAACCGUAAGUGCCCCAGCUUCCCCGACUGCAGCCGGGGCGCGGAGGAGCCGCGGUACUUCAGGUGGCCUGGCUACGGGGGCCGCUACGGGGGCAACCACGAGGCGCCAGCCCCGCUGCCCUCGGAGAAGAGCCGGAGGAACGGCGACUUGACGCCCCAGUUCCCGGAUUACAGCAGCUCCAGCUGCUACUCCGGCCGCGAUCCGAACCCCCGCCCGCUGAUCAAGAAGCGCCUGUACGUGUCCGAGCCCGACAGCUCCUACCCCCGGGCGGCCGCAGCCCCCCGGGCCACGGGCACCCUCUCCUCCUACGGCCCCGGGGGGUUCAGCGCUGGGGAGGGGUCCCGCCGCCUGGGCCCUGCCCUCAGGAACGGCCCCUCAGGGGUGCAGGGCAGGCGGCCGUCUGUGGAUGCUGCUGGGAAGGCUGCGGUGUACGGGAGCGCCGGGGCCGACGCCAAGUACAAGGGGCAGAACGGGGAUUUCUCGCCCGCCAGCGUGCUGGCAGCCAGCAGACCUGCCCACGGCAGCCCCCAGUACGGCGGACCCACCAACACCUUCACGGUCAGGCCCGGGACACGCCAGCCCAUCUCCUACGCCUACCAGAGCAGCCACCGGUAGGCUCGUCCCCAGGGCUGCUCUGCCACCUGCACCCGGCUGGGAAGGGAGGAGAAGGUGCCUGGCAUGGUCCUGUCCUUCUCCAUGGGCCCCAGGGACGGUCCCAACCCAGCCAGCAAACGUGCUGCUUGAAACUACUGCUGGAGAAGGUGGGGGAUAACCCUGGGACUCGGACUUUUGUCUCAAAAGACUGUCACGGAGAGUAAGUUACUGCAGACAGGCCGCUGCCUUGUUACCUGAGCAAACAUGGUUUGCCUUUUUCCCCAUUUUCCCCUUGGAUUAUUUUCAGAAUUGCAGCCUGAUAGGUCGUCUUAAGAAAGCCAAAGAGUGUCCUUAGUUCUCUUUGAAGAGCAUCACCACUGGAAAAGUUGGUUUGGGAUUGGUUUGAGUUGGUUUAACUCCAACAUGCUUGGGAGUAGGGAGAAACCAACUGGGAGAUGUGCAUUAUGGAAGCAAGCCAGUGUAUAGCUCAGGGUAGGGGGAUUAAAAUAAGAGUGUGAGGCCAAUGGGAUAGAAAGAGAGUUUAGGAUGUCCAGAUCCUGACCUCUUCCAUCCCCACCUCCUUCAACAGCCUGGAGCAAAUCAAUUAUGCUGAUGCCUUAAAACAGCUCCUGGCUGUCGGGGCCUGUCCUCCUCUUCCAGGGAGCAGCUUUGGGAGCAGGGGCCUUGCUUUGCUGUGCCUUUUGGUCAUUGGAAAUGUCUCUGUUGGUAAUUAUUCCUCGUGGAAGGAGGCUGUGAGGCCUGGAUGGACGGCUCUGAAGCCCUUUGGAGACUUAGGACGUGGAGCAAUCCUUCUUUUCUUUUCAGCUGGUGGGUGCCAGUGACUUGCCAAGGUGCUGUGCUGGUGGUGCUUCCCCUGAGGAGUCUCUUGCCACUUCACACCCAUGUAACCCCCACCCCUGAUAGUUCAGCCACAGCGUCCUUGCAAACUGCUCUGCUGAGACUUGGCUUUAGUUUGCUUGAUUUGGGGACUAAGCAGCCAAAUUUCAGUGUGACUGUAGGUGGUUACAGUCCUUGUGUGGGGUGGCUGCAGUGACAUCCCUGAGGGAGCUGGCUCCCGCUGCUUCCAUAGGUGCUGGAUGUGCCUGUGCCUGCUUCCUGCUGCUGCCUCUGAAGGAGCUGGUUGGGGCUGUGCAGUGGGUGGGAGAUACAAGAAGCCUUAAAGAUAAAAGGUAUUUUAUACUCCAGAGUGAGCAGUGCAGUCUCACAAUAGCUGACCAAAGCUUUGAAUAACCAGCUUCCUGAAGCUAGAAAUAAAAACUCUUCCUCGUAGGUAAACUUGCUGAAAAUCUCUGUAAGAUAACUGUAAAAACUUGUAGAGAAUGUUGUCUAAUCACUGACAAACUAAAAGCACUUUGAGACAUUAGUCUAUUUUUAUGGAAAGCACUUUCUAUUUUCAAUGCUAUAAAUUAGUUCCACUCCAGCUUAUCCUGCCUGGCACACACCUCUACAUGUGCCUGUAAGCAGAUUUUGCUCUACAAUUCAACUGGAAUUCAGUGAUAAAUAUUCCUUCAUGGUGGAAUUCUCAAAAGCUAUCUUGAUAUUCAUGUCAUGUCAUUGGCAUUCUGUGUUAUUUCCAGUUUUACCCAGUAAUUUAACAGCCCUUUCAGAUACUGCAGCAGCUUCGAAGUAUUCUGAACUUUACUUUGCUGUGAAUAAAAUGAAAAUGCAAAUACCAUAA